UUCUGGUCAAGGAAUAAGAAAUGUUGAAAAUGUGAGAAGAUGGUGACAGGAACUGGGUUACUUCGGCAUGUAAUAUUUCCAUGAGAUGUCCAUGGCCACUGUGCCCUAAAUCUGUAGUCCCUACAUCUGUCUUGUAAGUGCCUCUAAAGGUUAGCUUACUUAAAAGAUUUUGUUGGUCUUAAUGGCCCAAAUGGUUUCUCUGUUAUUCCUGUGUUGCUAGGCAUUGAGUCGAAGCCGAUGCAAACCCUGCGGUACUUCCUGGAGAGUGUGGAGGACGCCAUGCUCUUCAUGGCCAUGAUGGUGAUCUCGGAGGGGUGGGGGGUGGUGCGCUAUCAAGUACGCCACUUCCGCUGGACGGUUCUGGCAGCCAUGUUUGUUGUCUUUGCUGGCUCUCGGAUGUGUGUCCACUGGGUCCACAACUACUUCCUGGCAUUUGCUGUGUGUUGCGUGGUGUUCGUCAUGUACCGUGCCUUGAAGUGGUGCUCCUACAACAUGGAGGUCCUGCGGCGGCGACAAGCCAAAACCUUCAACUACAUCCGCCGCCUCAACCUGGAGUACAAGACGGAGAUCACGCUGCACGACCAGAUCCACAAGAAGUUCGAGCUCUACAACAACUUCCGCAUGGUCAGCGCAGCGUUCUCCAUGCUGUACGCCAUCGUGGUGACCUUGGGGACUUUCCUGUCGGAGUUCACGUGGGUUCAGGUCCUAACGUUUGAAGUCCCGGAGCUGCUGGUGUACCUUGCCAUCGGUAUCAUCUUUAGACUACAAGACUUUGGGAAGUAUGAUAAUGUUGAAAUGAUAUCCCACCAGGAGAACUAUGCUGCAGUGGUUCUGCCCGAAGUCCUGCAGACAGGGAAGAGGUUGAGACUGAUGCUGGGGCAUUAUGAUCAAGAUAACAAGGACGAGUCCAAGCAGGACAGAACGCGCAGCCCCCAGCGCUUCCUGCAGUCCUACCUGUCAGCGUUAGCUUUGUAGAUAAGGACUUGUGAUGCUGCAUUUGUUUGUCCUGUUCCUGUACAUUGUUGUAAGUGGAAGGAAAAAGUGAAUAUUUAUGGUAAAUGUUAUGUAAGAAAGGCAGGGUAGCACAUGCUGUAUGCAUGGAUGGUUUACAGUACGAGCACUCAGCCUGAGCUACUGGUUUAUUUCUUUCUCAGGAUUCAUGUGUUAUAGAUGAGAGAAGUGUUGUUGUUUUCAAGAUCACAUGUAUUUGUACAUGUAUCUCUAUCAGUAUUGUGGAAGCAAGCAAGAUGAUUUGCAUCCUUUGUUAUAAAAAGAGGUUAUUUUUUUAAGGGUAUACACAUAGAUCUGGCAGUUGAUGUCAUGGUAGCACUCUACAUAUUCUGCCUUGUAAAUUCAUGUGAUACAUACAAAUCCUGAAUAAUUUACCUUUCCAGGAAAGGAGAAUUUUUUAAUGUGCACUCAUUAAUCAGAAUUAAUCAGAAAUAGAAAGAAAUGUAAGUUAUCCCGUCAACUGAUCAAGAGACU